CCGCGCACUGAACCGCGGCUCGCCAGCGCCACCCCCCAGCGGAGCGCAGCGGCUGCAGUUCGUCUCCAGCUCCUUCCUGCGGCUCUCCGCUCUCCCGUGGACACGCAGCGCGGUGCGUACAAGGCAGCCAAGUUUCACCUUCGGAGGAAAUGCCCUGGGGUCUUAGCCCGCGGUCUGCAGAUGCCAGGGGCGCGUUUCCAGGCCGACUCCGAGGGGAUCUGAACCUUGACCUCGAGGGGGCGCUAUUCGGCCUACUCGAGGGCCAGAAGGCGACAGAGAAGCCCCGGGGUCAAGGCCCUGGCAAAGGCCAGGGCAUGGAGAGCCUGAAUCGAGCUAGAGUUUUGGAGAGACUAGGGUGGAGAGCCAGCUCCCCGUGGACAAAGACGGCCGGAUCACUGACAUCCACUGACGCUGCCCAGCGCUGCCCUAAGGAGCGCGGGGCCUGUGGCGUGAACAAACUUUCCUGCAGCGGAAGGGCGGGGGAGCCCGGCUGGAGGCUUCUUCCGCGAGCCACUGCUCUCCUCCACCUGCCAGCGUUCAACCUCCGCCCAGCCUUCGCCCACCCCCAUUCCGUCCCCUCCCCCGCGCGCCUCUGUUCAUACAGACUCCUCAUCUCUCUCCUCUCCCCUCCUCCUUCUCCCUCUAGCCUUUCUCCCCCACUUUUCUCCUGUUUUUUCCUCCUGUCUCUUCUUUUGUAUUCUCUCCUCCCUCGCCGCCCGGCGCUUCUCUCCUCCUCCGGGCCGCAGGGGAGGAGGUAAGCGCGCCGCGCCUGGGGCCUGCGCGGCGCAGUGGGAGGCGUUUCUACUACUUCUCCCGGGUAAUUUGGAGAGAUUGUAUGUGCGCGCGCGCGUGAGCUUAGGGCGAAAAGGGGUAGGAUCCUGCGCCAAGCAGAGAGGGUCAGGGUCUUUGACGUUCUCACCAGCUGCACAAACCUUCCGGAACAAGUGUGAGUGUGGCGAGAGUGCGCGCGCGCACACGGGCUGGCUGCGCUCGGCAGGCUUGGUGGCCCGGGGCCCCAGGGCCCGGGGGCUUGUCUGGCGGCCCGGGAUUACCGUGACGUCACCUUGAGCCUCUGGCCACCUUGGACUGGGGCACCUCGGGAGCCGCACAGCCCCGCGCCGCGCCUCACCUUGCCUUGCCACCGCGCGCUUUUGGGAACCCGCAACCUCUCCCUUCCCCUGCCCAUCCAUGGGCCCUACUGUCUUCCGGACCACGCGGGCCGGAGGGGAGCCUUCUGGAGCGCAGGGCUCGGCAGCCAGGCUGCCUUCGGCUCUGCCUCCAGUCGCGCCAAGCGGGCGGAGGACCCGGCGCUGGGCACGGGCAGUCGUGUAAGGAACAGAGGCCGCGGACGGCUGGAGGCGCAGAACCGCGGGGCUGAGGCGGGAACUCGCAAGAGAACAGGGAGGCGGGUCAGGUAUAGCCACCAUGUCCUUCUCGCACUUCGGACACCCGUACGGCAGCGCUUCCCAGUUUCUGGUGUCUGCAAGUUCCAGCGCCACUUGCUGCGAAUCUGCCCCGCGCUCGGUCCCAGACGUGGCCUCAGGCUCCACCCCGGCGGCUGCACUCUGCUGCUCACCCUACGACAGUCGGCUGCUGAGCAGUGCGAGGCCUGAACUGGGCGCGGCCUUGGGCAUCUAUGGAGCUCCCUACUCGGCUGCUGCAACUGCCCAGAGCUACCCAGGCUACCUGCCCUACAGCCCGGAGCCGCCAGCACUGUACGGGGCGCUGAAUCCACAGUAUGAAUUUAAGGAGGCUGCAGGGAACUUUACACCCAGCCUGGCGCAACCAGGAGCAUAUUAUCCCUAUGAGCCGACGCUGGGGCAGUACCAGUAUGACCGGUACGGAGCAGUGGAGUUGAGCGGUGCUGGGCGCAGAAAAAAUGCCACCCGUGAGACCACUAGCACUCUCAAAGCUUGGCUCAACGAGCAUCGCAAGAACCCCUACCCCACCAAGGGCGAGAAGAUCAUGCUGGCCAUCAUCACCAAGAUGACCCUCACUCAGGUGUCCACCUGGUUCGCCAAUGCACGCCGGCGCCUCAAGAAGGAGAACAAGAUGACUUGGGCACCCAAGAACAAAGGCGGGGAGGAGAGGAAGGUGGAGGGUGGAACAGAGGAAUUGCUGGGCAGCCUAACCGGUGACACCAAAGACGCUACUGCUAGCCAAGAGGCCCGGGGGCUCCGGCUGAGUGACCUGGAAGACCUGGAGGAAGAAGAAGAUGAGGAGGCAGAUGAAGAAGAGGAAGUGGUCACAGCUACGGACAGGCUGGCUGAGCUCCAUAAAGACAGUCAGUCUCUGCCAGAGGUUCAACGUGCCGCCGCGCGAGAGGGCCGGCCGGAGCGUAGGGAGUGCAGUCUGGCGGCGCCCCGCUUCUCCUUCACUGAGCCCCGCGGGUCGGGAGAAGCAGACUUCCUCCGGGUUGAGCCAGGAGGCCCCAGGUUGACCAUGCACUACCCAUGCAGCGAGAAACCUCGCAUCUGGUCUCUGGCGCACACGGCGGCAGCCAGCGGCGGCGUCGAAGGGGCACCUCCAUCCCUGCCCAGGACGCGAAGUCCUGAGUGCCAUCUGAUUCCUGGACAGCCUCCGGGCUCGGGCACGAGACCCACGGUCCGUAGAGACUCCGCGUGCGAAGAGCCUUCUCGAGUAGCCAAAGCCUUUGGAAACCGCACGUUUGCCCUCCAGGGUCUGCCGCCGAAUUGUGCGCCGUGUCCGUGGCGGAGGGAGCCUGCAGCGCAGUGCCAGUACCCGUCGGGAGCUGAAGCAGGUUAGCGCAAUGGCUGCGAUUUGCAGAAGAAUCUUGGAAGUAAGCCCUAAUUUUUCGAACUCACCUCCACACUAAGAAGCUGAGAGACCUCGCCAGGGUCUGGGGCUCUCACUUCGCCUAAGAGACAGACACACAGAACCCUCCUACUAGCCCUCCUUGCACGCAGAGCUGGGAGUGGCUGACAGACAUGCCAGAUCCCACUCCCACGGAGGAGGUGGCAGGGCACCUUGGAGAAGGCCAGGUGGGAAGGCUGGGCGAGUCUGCCUGGUGCAUCGACUCAGUGCCCAAGUCUCCGUCUCCCCUUUGGAUUCAGGGUCUGAAGCUGCUCCCUCUCCUGCUCACUCCCAUCACCCUCACUUUGUAACUUCAAUGCUGACCUGGCCCCCAAGGACCACCUGCGUCUUCUCCCUGCCUUCCCACUCCUUGUGUCCUUAAAAAUAAUCAAACCAA